AUGUUUUCGCUGAGGGCAGCGCGACCUGCGCAGUCUUUCCUGCACCGCGCAACGGUGUCUCCUAGCAUUGCCCGGUCUUCGAUCCCUGCCCGAUCUUUCGCUAGCGUCUCAUCGGACAUCUUCAAGCCUACCAAGUACGGUGGUAAAUACACCGUUACCCUGAUUCCAGGUGACGGUAUCGGUGCCGAAGUUGCCGAAUCGGUCAAGACUAUCUUCAAGGCCGACAAUGUUCCUAUUGAGUGGGAACAGGUAGACGUCAGUGGCGUUGAUACGGGAAAUAAGCACUCGGAGGAACUUUUCAAGGAGUCUAUCGCGUCGCUCCGUCGCAACAAGCUGGGCCUUAAGGGUAUCCUGUUUACUCCGGUGGAACGCUCCGGCCAUCAGUCUUUCAACGUUGCUCUGCGCCAAGAGCUCGACAUCUUUGCGUCCAUCGUCCUCGUGAAGAACAUCCCGGGCUACAAGACACGCCAUGAAAAUGUCGAUCUUUGCAUCAUUCGUGAGAACACCGAGGGAGAAUAUUCCGGUCUUGAACACCAAUCUGUGCAGGGUGUUGUCGAGUCGCUUAAGAUCAUCACUCGUGCCAAGUCGGAACGUAUUGCCAAGUUCGCCUUUGGAUUUGCCCUUGCGAACAACAGAAAGAAGGUCACCUGUAUCCACAAGGCCAACAUCAUGAAACUGGCCGACGGUCUGUUCCGCAGCACUUUCCACAAGGUUGCUGAGACCUACCCCACUUUGGAAGUUAACGAUAUGAUUGUCGACAAUGCGUCCAUGCAAGCUGUCUCGCGACCCCAACAAUUCGACGUGAUGGUGAUGCCCAACCUUUACGGUGGCAUCCUUUCCAACGUUGGUGCCGCUCUUGUCGGCGGACCUGGCUUGGUUCCGGGCUGCAACAUGGGCCGCGAUGUUGCCGUGUUUGAGCCGGGUUGUCGCCAUGUCGGUCUCGAUAUCAAGGGCAAGGACCAGGCUAACCCCACUGCCAUGAUCCUCUCUGGCUCCAUGCUCUUGCGCCACCUGGGUCUGGAUGACCACGCGAACAGAAUCUCGAAGGCUGUGUACGAUGUAAUUGGUGAAGGCCACACGAGGACGCGUGACAUGGGUGGACAGGCUACGACCCACGAAUUCACCCGGGCCGUUUUGGAUAAGAUGGAGACUUCCCUGUAAUUUGGAAGGGACUGCUAGCUUUUAUUGUGUUUCUAGUUUCGAUAGAAGAGGGCUUGUAUAGGAUGUUGCUGGGAAGUUGCACCGGUUACCCUUGAAUCGUGCGUAAAUAAUUUGUAUUAUCAAUGAUUCGAAUAACAUCAGAUGUCAAAUUGU